ACAUCGAAUUUGUUUUGUUCAUUCUUCACAAAUCACAGCUCAUCUCACGCGUGUUACAAAAGAAAUAGUUUAGUUUUUUUUCCGUCUUUUUAUUUCGUUUGUGUUACAAUAUGAACUCUGUUUUAAAUCCUGAAGCCCCUGAGUUCUAUCCACAUUUGAAAUCUGUAACACAGGUACAGGAUGGAUACAUGUCAGUAACAAAGACAAUAAAAUCAUCAAACCAUAUGCCAAUAGGCACAUCAUACAGAGUAUUCAGAACUUUCAGUGAUUUCAAUGUUGUAACGUACCAAAUAAGCGAAAAUGUUAUUGUACAAUCAAACAAUAUAGUGGUCAACGAUCUUCCAUCAGUGAAGUUUAAGGCCAAAGAUAAUGAAAACAACACGGAAAAAAUAAUCGACGCCAACGAUUAUAUGUUGGAUCGUAUACACAUUAAUAUAGAUGGCGUUUGUGGAGUUAACACCAGUGCCAAUUUUCUCUCUAAUCCUAGUGGGAAAUGGAACAAUGCACCUGUUAUUACGAAAAUACAGGUGGGGUCAACAAUGUUUAUUGGAGCAAAAAACAUUCCGAGACCACAACUGUUUUUUAAGGACCCAGUUGAUAAUUCCGAAAACUUGUGGGUACCAAAGAUAUCCGAUAAACCGAAUAACAUUAAACCGUUGGCAUUAAAUAUUAUAUAUAAUGAUGAAGGUGAAGCUGUGGGAUAUGAACAUCCAUACAGAAUGGAAUUGGACUUAUACGUGCCGCCGUUUAAGUUUAUAGAUCCAGAUGAAGAAGAACCGAAAAUGAGCCCUUCGUUGGAGAGUACGAAAUUGACGUACAUCGACACCGAAUCACAAGUGGAUGCGUUGGUUGAACAUCUCAGACAAGUGGAUGAAAUCGCUGUGGAUGUAGAGCAUCAUUCAUACAGGACGUACCAAGGCAUUACCUGUUUGAUACAAAUAUCUACUGAAGAUGGGGACUUCAUAAUAGACGCAUUGGCGGUGCGAGAACAUAUACAUAAACUGAAUCUGUCGUUCACAGAUCCAAAAAAAUUGAAAGUGUUCCACGGCGCCGAGAUGGACGUGCUGUGGCUGCAGCGCGACUUCGGCGUGUACAUAGUGGGCAUGUUCGACACGCACCGGGCGGCGCGGGCGCUGCAGCUCACCGCGCUCUCGCUCAAGUACCUGCUCAUGAAGUACUGCCACGUGGACACGGAUAAACGUUACCAGCUGGCCGAUUGGCGCAUCAGACCGAUGCCCGAAGAGCUGAUAGAGUACGCGCGUAUGGACACACACUACCUGCUGUAUAUAUGGCGGCGGAUGAAGGCCGAGCUCUUGGAGAAGGCACAGGGAAAGCCGAAUCUGCUCUUGUCGGUUUUCGAGCAGAGCAGACAGAUUUGUGGCACGACGUACAACAAGACGGUGAUAACGGAGGACAGCCACAUGCCGCUGUACGUGCGAUCCAAGAAGUCGUUUGACUCGCGGCAGAUGGCGGCGCUGCGGCUGCUGUACAAGUGGCGCGAUUCGCAGGCGCGGGAACUGGACGAAAGCACAUCCUACCUAUUGCCGAAUCACAUGUUGCUAGCGCUCGCCGAGGCACUACCGCGCGAAGUGCAGGGUGUGAACGCGUGCUGCAACCCGAUGCCGCCCUUCGUCAAACAAAACCUCAUCACCAUACAUCGGAUGCUGCUUUCCUGUCGCGAACUACCAUUGGUGCCCACGCUGUAUCAGAUGCCGUCGACGAUCACUUCGGUGUUAAACACCUUGCAGCAACCGAGACACGCGCACAAAGUGCUCGACCUGUCGCACUUUCCCACUUUCAGGGACGAGGACGUGAACCUGGACGCCGCAGAACAGGUGCUGGAGCAGCAGCACGACGUACAGCCGGACAUACCCGCUUUCCGUAACACGUGCGGGAGCGAUUUGUAUGGGACCGUUAUUUCUGACUUGAACGUGAACGCCGAGCUAUUCAUACCUCCGUAUGAUAGGUACAGGACGUACCGCACUAUUGCUCGGGCGGACGAGAUUAAAAAAUACAAAGAACAAGAGGCUAAAAUCACUGCCUUGGGAGAAGGCAACGAAUUGAUAAAAUCCGAAGUGCUUGAAAAGCUGCAAGAAGUAAAGGCAAAGACAGAAAAGGAACUGGGCGAGCUCGCCGGAACGUCGGAGGAAGCGAGCACCUCCGAGGUCGCCGAUACCGAUACCGAGAAUCCCACCACAUCAGCGGUUGAAGUCAAAGACGAACAAAAGACGGUGCAGAGGAAACGCAAAAUGUCCACCGAGAAGAUUAAUAAAACGAAACAAGCGACCGCUGAAACUAAGCAACCGACCGAUGGGGAUAAAGCGAAGGGAACAAACAAAAACGACGACUCUAAGAAUUUCGUGAAACCGUUCCCAUAUAAGAACGCUAACUAUAAGAAGUUCCACAACGAAAGCCACAAAGCGCACAAGCAACAAAAAAUGUUUUCGAAAAAACGCAAAUAGGUUUAAGAGUUACUUAAGUAAGUUUUCAAUAAUACUUUUUUUUUCAUUUUGCA